AUGGGUUGCUGCACUCAGUUCGGGCCCGUCAAAUUGACGUCUCCGGGCUCCUCAGGGCUCAACCUGCAGCAAUCUACGCCGCAAUCCGCUGACGAGAACCACGAUCACGACCGGCACGUUCACGAACCCUACACGACAUCGUUGCAGCAACGCCAGCAGCAGGCUGCGGAGUUCUUUCGGGCACAGCAUAAUUACUCGCGAGCAUCAAGCUCCUCUGGAAGCGCGGCAUACAGUCUACGGCGCACGCCCAAUUUCGAGGAUCCGCGCCCCAGGUUAAGGUCCGCGUCGCUAGACUCUGCACCACCACCACAGCCACAACGCUCCGUACGCUUCGCAGAGCACUCGCAAUCGAGCUCCCGCCCAAGCGCAGCCGCCCAAUCGCGAAAUCCCGACCUCUUCGCCCCCCAUCCCGCUCUCCGCAUCUCGCGCCGGACCGCGUCUGCCAUCCGCUUCGUCCUCGAAGAAGCAAUACGCCUGCCGUAUCCCUUCACACCAGAUCUGGCUGAAGAAAACGCGUCGAUGUCAGAUCUAACAGGCGGCAACGGCCGGGCCGCCAAUGGCGGUGCGCGCACCGCCGCGGGGCCUGUCCCUGUUAGCCAAUCUGACCGCUCAAACAUUCGAACGCCGCAGAUGAUCAUGAAUCAGCGCCGUGAACGCGAAGCAGCUCGGCGACAGCAGACUGAGGCAGAGGAGCAGCAACGCAAGGCCGAGGAGGAACAACGGCGGCGGAGCGCAGAGAGAAGAGCCCAAGCUGCUGGCGUUGCUGGCGCCCCUACGACCACCGAAUCAGGAGCUCAGAGGCAGCCUCAGUCUACUCUAAGACCCGGCGAUCCCCAAUACACCCAGUAUCCAUCUGCAGGAGGAGCGGCGCGGCAACCGGAGAGGGUCGUGCCGGCAUCAGCUGCACCGGUCCCUCCGAUAUCAAGUCAAGCACAAGACCCGACCGCGGGCACACAAUAUGGCAGACCGCGGGCGAGCUCACAAUCACAGCAACAGCCCCGCCCUGUCCCUGCGUAUCAGGCUGGUGCUGUGCCGCCAAGCGAUUCUCGACGACCACCACCCACGCAGCAUACACGGCGUCCUUCUGCUCCCGCCGGUUCAUCACAAGCAGGUCCCUCAACAGCUCCUCCGCCGCCUCCCCCAUCAGGUGCCGGGCCGUCAACAGCACAACCGCGCCAGUCGACAACCUCCACAUUUCCGCAUGCAUUCGAGCGAUGGGAGACUCUCUCUUCACAUUGGGAGGGGCUCACUUCCUACUGGAUACGGCGGCUGGAGCAGAAUACCGAUGAAGUUCGCCGAGAACCGCUGGCCCAGCAAAUGUCGCGCCAGAUUACGGAUCUGUCAGCAGCUGGUGCAAACUUGUUCCACGCUGUUGUCGAGCUGCAACGACUACGAGCCUCGUCAGAACGCAAGUUUCAACGAUGGUUUUACGAGCAUCGCCAGGAGCAGGAGCGAGCGCAAGAGCGGGAAGCCCAAUUAGAGCAUUCGCUCAGGGUAGAGCGAGAGGCGCGUGCCGAAGCCGUAGCCAACAUGGAGCGAAUGGCUACGGAAAAGAAGAACGCCGAACGCGUGGUUCAGGAAAUGAAACGUGAACUGCAGAUAUCUAAAGAGGAGGCGAGACGGGCUUGGGAAGAGCUAGGACGACGCGAGCAAGAAGAGCGCGAUCGCACUUUCUCACUACGUGAGGGCCAGCCUACAGUAAUAGGUGGCGUGCAAGUGGUUCCUAUGGCGCAAGGGAUGGGCAGGCAUGGCAGUGUGUCACAUCGCACGCAUGGUGGGGAAGAGGCAUACGGUGCAGGGCCUAGUGGAGGUCAAGGCAUCGAACAGCACUACUCUUACGAGGAAGGACAGUCGCCAACUGAUACAGACCCCUUCACCGAGGCAUCCCGACACACUGCUCCCCUUCGCCAUGAGCCUGAUGUGCCUUCUCUCGCUCAAGGAACCUAUGUACCAUCAGGUGCCGCAGCUUCAUCAUCCCGCCAAGGUGGAUCCUCUCGGCCUUCAGAGCAAUCUCAAGUGCCCGCUCCAUUGCAUCCUCACCAUCGAACCACAAGCGCGCAGCAGCCUCCCACUCUGGCCACUACCUCAGCGCCGGAAGCGUUCUAUCACCAGCCGGAAGCCUAUCUACACCAAGAAACUGCCACAAGCAUUCCAGAAGACGAGGGGUCUUAUGUGACCACGCAUGGGGAAGAUACCUCCGAAGGUGAAGAGGAGUAUGCCAUCGACGAGUUUGGCAACUACAUCCUCGAUGCAUCUGGCCACCGUGUACCUUUCCGGUCACUGCGCGAACGCGAUUCAGACGAGUAUGACGUGCAAGAGGAUCGCCGUCGAGAACUAGAGCAUUUGCAGCGCUACGGUACCGCAGCGACGGAUCCGAGCAGAUAUGCUACCACGUCCACUGCCGGACCCUCAUAUCAGGGGCAAUACACCACGUCGGAUACGCCUGAUUAUAGCGGAGCUGGCUAUGGCAGUGAGUGGAUGGGUAUGAGGCAUCACCACCCGACAAGAUUGAGCGAUGUGAUGGAAGAGGAUGAGAGGAGUCGGACAUCACCCAGCAGAGCAAGCCAGGCGAGCCGAGGGAGAUACUGA